GUCGGCCGUGCCUGUUGGUUGCCUCCUGCAGCUGUCUCAGUCGGAUUCUGGCUGAGAAAGACCUGACUUGUGCUUUUACCAAGGCCCAGUGGGUGACAGGCUCCUUCCCAGAAGCUGAAGGAAGAUACUCAGCUGGUCCUUCUCUCCCAAGUCAAGUGCCUUUCCCUGGUAAUGGACUGCCUUUCCAUGAGGUAAAAGAACGCAAUAAGUGAAGAAUGCUCCUGUGUGUCCUGGGAUGGCAGGUGUCUCUGCACCUCCCUGCUUUCAUUUGCAUCCCGUGCUGGUGGCUUAGCUGAUGUCCUCUGCCUUCUUCUUCACAGCUUCCACCCUGGCCAGGCUUUCCAAAUCUAGCCUGUGAGGCCAGGUAGGAAACAUCCCCAGAAAAAUGACAGAAGAACACAUAAAAGAGAACCUGGGAUCCCCAACGUCUCCCACGCCCGUGAUAAUGGAGAAAAGCCCUAAGAGUGAAGUUGUGGUCACCACGGUCCCCUUGGUCAGUGAGGUUCAGCUGACGGCUGCCACAGGGGGUGCCGAACUCUCCUGCUACCGCUGCAUCAUCCCCUUUGCUGUGGUGGUCUUCAUCACCGGGAUCGUGGUCACCGCUGUGGCUUACAGCUUCAAUUCUCACGGUUCCAUCAUCUCCAUCUUCGGCCUGGUCCUUCUGUCCUCUGGACUUCUUUUAUUAGCCCUCAGCGCCUUGUGCUGGAGGGUGAGACAAAAAAAUAAGAAAGUCAAGAGACGGGAGAGUCAGACCGCUCUCGUGGUAAAUCAGAGAAGCUUGUUUGCUUAAGACUGAGUGAGACCAAACGGGAAAUUUCACCCUAACGCUGGGUUCCAACUUGCUGAGUUCAUUCAUAGGGAACCAGCCCAGGAGGGAAGGAGCUCAACUUUGAAAUGGACUACCAAAAUGAAAUGGGGUAUGGAGAAGACUGACAAUGAGGGUCAAGACAGUUCCCCUUUGUAGGGAAUAACAUCUUUAACGACAAACUUAAUCCUAAGGGCUAUUCCUAAGACAAAAGAAUCAGCUUUCUUUUUACCUUAUGCAUUUGGGGAACAUGGGACAUGCACAACAACACUAAAUAGCAUUUGGUUCACCUUCGAGAGUACCCAGAGGAUGAUGGGCAAAUAACAAGAAUCCUGGUGUACCAGGUCCGUAAAAGAAAUAGCCCAUGCUCUGCAAAGUGGUGUUAUAAGGAUGUUCCGCCAAAGGCCUGCAUUGACUUGGCAUUCCUAUGUACCUACAAAGUUCUGUUAUAUAUUUUUUCCACUAAGUUGAUUCUCUCGCCUCCCUUUUAAAAAGGUUUUCACUUUGAGUAACUCAUCACUAGUGGUACUUUUUCUUGAAGAGUAGGCUAAUUUUAUAUAUAUAUAUAUUUUAACAAUGGACAAUUUUAGAUGAUCGUAAUGAUAUAUCAGAAGAAAACAGAAAAGUAGGAGACAACACAAAUGGCUUGGGGGGUAAAUUAAUACUGAAAUAAUCUAAUAUAGCACCUUUGAUGUUUUUUAUACAAAAGUUUAAUGUGUAUUUCACUCAAAAUAAUAAAUACUCAUGGCUGCUGAAACUUCUUAA